AUGAAUGAACGUUACCCGAACGCAACCAAUGAAGAACUAGAACGAUUAAGUGAUCGAACAUGUAUUAUUUGUCGAGAGGAAAUGAUAGCUCCAAACUUAAAUAACAAUGAUAAUAUUGCAAUAGAAGAUAUUGCCGGAAAUAGACCACAACAGGCCAGACCGGGGAAUAAUGGUUUAGGUGAUCUGGUUGGAAAGACAACAGAGUUGUCCAACAUGGCGCGUCCUGGCCCAGUUCAGCGUAACGCUCAACAACCUCAACCCCAGUUACCUGGGAUUCCUUUUGUUAAUCCACCGGGUUUCUUAGCAAAUCCAAUUCCGGAUGAUCAAGCGAACACACCAACAAACCAAAAUACUCAACAGAAUACUUCACAGAAUAGUUCGUCCCAUACUACAAAUUCAGGAGAUCGGACAUCAAAUGAGGAUGAGGCUGCUACUACAUCACGUUCACAAUCUUCCACAAGUUCAUCUACGUCCACGGCGCCUAGGUGGUCUUGGGAUCAAAACAUCGCGUCAUCUCGGACAUUUUCUUCUACGCAACAACCAAUAAGUCAGCCAAACAUUUCACAACUUUCUAGUCAACUUCCGCCCGGCUUAAUACCUCUUUUCCCAAUUCUGCCCAUACGAAAUAAUGGCACCACGAAUGUAGAUGGUAAUCAUAUUUCAUCAUCAUUAAAUAAUUUAUCUGAAGAACAAAUUCGUCUUCUGGAAACUACCUCACGGGAGGCACUUGCGGAAAGACUUAGAAUAUUGCAGGAUACUCAAGGGCAGAUCUACAAUAUCAUCAGUGUACUGACUCAGGUUUUGAGUGCACUUCCUCAAAUUCCUACAGUUGAAAUACCGACUGCGUCAACAAAUGGUAAUACUUCUCCAAAUGUUACCGAAAAUAAUACCGAGAAUGUGAAUAAUAGCAAUUCAGGAGUAACCACAUCAGAGAAUCAAAAUAACGACGAUUUUAGAAAUAAAAAAGGAAAAGGAAAGAGUGUAACUGUGACAGAGAUCGACGAAAGCCUUGAUCGUUGGGAACAGACAAAUAAUUCUUCAGAAUGA